AUGGAUGAAGAUUCACCACCCAAGCGACCGCUCCGGCCGGGCGUUCGUAAGACCAAAUAUUGGUCGCAGUUGAUUAAAGACACCCUCAUGGAGACUGAAGUUAGCCAUAUUAUCCAUGGUCGUUUAGACCCUCACCAGAUUUUCGAAAGUCAGGACGAGAUCAAGGAAUUCUAUUCCGGCCACGAUAUUCACCCGUCUCGUAUUAUUGACAACGAGAACUUUGCCCGCUGGGUAAUCGGCGAGGCGCUGGAGGGGUACCAGCCUGACAGUAGUUUUCAGGUAACUGGUAAUAUUAUGCAGGGAAAAUCCGUGACUAUGAGCAAAGAGUCAAUUCUAAAGGAAAUCUCGGACGCCAUUCAAGCUGAUGGCCAGCAGGAUAUUGAUGCCGAGGGCUUGAACGGGUUUAAAGAGGCGGACUCUGACAUAGUUCAGGAUGUGAGUGCCGCAACUGAAUCAAUUAUCGCAGCAUCGCCAAACAGCCUCGGGCCGCCUAUCGAGCCCUGUGCUUCAUAUCUUCGAAUGGAGAAGUGUGGCACAUUUGGUCGUAAUAAUCUGACAGUAUGGAAGUCGCCUUUUUUCCCCCACCUCGACGGUCAAGAAGGCCGAAAGGGUUUUCUCGAUAAUCAGAUUACCGCCAUCGUCUGGAUCAUGGCGAAUUUUCUUGGCGAGCUCCCCUGGCUGAAGCCUAAAUUUCCCGAGUUUUGGAAUAAGGAGACUAGAACGUACGAGUUUCCAGGUGAAACUAAAGAGGCGAGGAAGGACCGAAAGAGAUUACACAGACCUCGAUACUUUGGUGCGAUUCUCGCGGACUCUAUGGGUAUGGGGAAGACCUUUACAACUAUCGCAUGCCUAGACAUCAUGGCAAGCCACCAUCUGAACGUCGUGAAGGUCGAUGAGCGUAAUUUCAAGCACUGCCCUAUGCUUGUUCUCGCGCCGAACCUCAUCGUUGCUUCGCAAUGGGUUGAGGAAAUCGAACAAGUGACAAACGUUCGAAGUAUAAAGAAGAUCAUCUUAUCUGGAGACGGAGCGAGAGCAACCGAGACACAGCGAAGAACACGUGUUCUUACGGCAAAAGAGUUCAGGGAGUGGCCGCCCGACUUGAACUAUGUCUGGGAUGAAGAUGAUCCCGCUGCUUCGAGGGUAAUUAUCGUGAUGUCAAUAGACACCUGGGGAAGUCGGACUUGUACGAACCAAGUACUCGAUGAGAAUGGACAAAUAAAGGAAGGAGAUUGGCGAUCUUCUUUCACCGAAUUGGGACGGCGUUUCUCAAUCGUCGUUGUUGAUGAGGCGUACAAGAUCCGACAUACAACCACCCGGUGCUGGAAGUCAGUGGCGUUGUUAGAACGCCAAUUUACCCUACUGAUCACGGCAACGCCGUGCAUGAACCUCCUUACAGACCUCUUGGGGCCCGUGAGAUUGCUCUGGCCAAAAGCAGAGAAAUAUCUUCAAGAGAACGCGAGCAGGUGGGACAGGAUGGAUAAAAGAUUUGAAGAACCAGAGGAUUUGGAAGCUCUUGACGACAUGGAACCUCACGACGAUCAUCAGCUCAUUGCCGGUAGACCAGGUAUAAUGGCUAAGCUGGUUAACAAGUACAAAGCACAGAAUGUCGUCGACAUACAGGAGACCCGGAUGCAUUUGAAGUAUUUUGAAAGACUGGCGAUCUUGCGAAGAGCACCGAGCUCAAACCUACAUUGGGAUUGGAAAGGUUCUAAGCUAGUAUGCUUGGACGGCUUACUCCCUAAUGUCUACAAUUUCACCGUCAAUAUUCAGCUUGAUCGUGCUCUAGAAGAAGCUUACCAGGGCGCUCAUAUCGACUUGCUCAUCAAUUACAUGGGAGUCCUGAAGAAGAUUGGGAAACAGCGCGUAAAGUCGCAGAAGAAGAAAUCGAAAGAGGUGGAUCAAAAGCUUCAUUUUAUUACCACUCUCUAUCAUAAGUUUCAGUUGGCGGCUGCUUCUAUGGACAUCUUUCGACUCGAAAAGCUCUUCUCCCUCAAUGGAUUUGGUAUCAACGCUGAACACGUGCAGUGUAUGCGCAAUACCAACGUAAACUUCCUUCGUCUGGCACCAUUCCUACUAGAGCCCCAUGAUACAAAGCCUAAAACCGCUCUCGACCAUGUUCGGCUAGCGAUUAGGAAGUCACCGGUCCUAAGAUACAUCCUACAGCAUGUCAAGGAGUAUGUGCUGGACAGGAAACCAGGAGAGACAAUCAGAAAGCUUCUGAUCAUAGAGUCGAGGCCAGUGCUAGCAUACUAUUACGAACUAGUACUACAGUUCCUCCUGAUAAACUGUCGUACCCUCCACGCCGGCUUAUCAGGGGAGCGGCGUAGGGAAUUAAUCGCGAGCUUUAACGACAGCGAUGAUCAUUCGUGUCAAAUUUUGAUACAAAUGUACGCGGUGGGGUUUGCGGGAUCAAACCUACACAAGAACUGCGCUCGAGUUUUGGUAGCUACUCAAGCUCACAGCUUCCCUGUCCAAAUGCAAGCUGUGCAUAGAGUUAUCCGGGUUGGUCAGACUAAAGAUGUCGAAGUUUACCGUUUGAAGGUGAAUAACUCUUACCACCAAUUUCGGGAGAGUCAACAAGUCGAGAAGAUCCUUCCGGAGUUGGGGACCCGAGCGCAAGGGUCCAUGGUGGACGUCCUUGUCCAGUUGUUAAAUCUAUUCCAGUUUGAAAUAGAUGAGGCGGCGAAUUCACCAGAGGCAAAAGAGCUCAUGGACACCAUGAAUUUGCUCGUAAACCAAGGCGAAGUAGUGGGUAACGAUGACGGCAAUAGCAACCAGCAAGAGGAAGAAGCGGAAGAGGACGGGUGGAGUGAAGAAGACGACGACGACGAUGAAGAAGAAGAGCCGCCCGAAAAACGAGUUAGGCGAGAAAACGACCCCCUUUCCGAAACGGGAAAGCACGACGAAGGUUCUCUUGAGCCUGAAGCGGAUGAAAGCGACUCACACGACGAUGACCUUACCACCCUAAGAAAUGAAGGAACGGCGUACUUAUUUGGAGGCGAUUAUGAUCAGUUCCUUCGUCUUAAGCCACGUACAGCUUAUUACAAAGAGUUCAGGGGCUUCCCUAGUGAGGUGAGAAGCCACUUUUCUCACCAGAAGAACAAUCUCCGAAGACUCUUAUCCUACAGCAGCCCAGACGGCAGCGCUACUACGCGUGUAUGGACGGCCAAAGACCUAAACAAAUCCGCCGUCCUCGAAAGGGCGAUGGAACUGACGUUACGAGUCCGCCUAGGAGCCAACAACAUCGAGAUGCUGCCUUCUCCGCAAAUCCACUUCACAUUCGUCCCCGAACGAAAGCUGCAGAUUCUCACGAAGCUUCUAGGACAGGCCAAGUACACAGCGCAGGAUAUCGAUGAGCUCAUCCAGAAAAAUAAGGAAGCCAGGGCCAGGAAAGGUGAUUCUAAGGGCGAGUUACGAGCAAUUCACGAGCACAUGACGCUGGAGGAGAUCGAUGAAUCUUUCCAAAACGACAUUACGAAGGGAGAUACGAAGCAGAGCCGAAAACGCAAACGCCAGGAAGCCGAAGAACCCGCAACUGCUGCGAACGACGAGGCUCCUGAUGGUGGUCAAGAUAAUGAAGUGGAAGACGAUGGACGCUUUUGGGAUGAUUCGGAUAACGAGGUUUGGAAUCCAAAUGAGGACGAAGAUGAGGAAGAGGACGAAGAUGGAGGCAUCGAGGGUGAUGGUGAGGAGGUACCGGAAGAAUAGUUGCGUUAGUGGAUAUGUGGAUCCACUGCUAACUAUUUAACGACAGGAUCAUAUUUAUGAUCCAUGGAUGCCUAUCUAGGUAAAUAGCUACGCCAGGUCUGCCAUGUUCUUCUCUGCUUCGUCAUCGCAGGAUGGGAUCAUAUUUAACGGCCGGUCACUUGUUAGCUUUUACUACAAUUUAGCCUCAGCUUGAAUGGCAAAGAUGGAAUUGCUUGCUUCCCACCAUAUAUACUUCGUGUUCCAUAUUGCAAGUUUAUGCUACAAUUAUCCAGGUGCUCAAAUAAUUAAUAGGGGUCAUAAUCUCAGGGCCACAUUGAAGCGCCAAACAUGUAGCUCAUUUCCAACCACCUUGCUCUGAAUACGGCUUCAAGCCGUAGCCCAGGCAUGUCCUUUUGAGCUGCUAUCGGAGUGAUACCCAUCAGGCGUCAGAAAAAGCAUACAGACGAGUAUGGAAGAUUCAGCCGCCCGUCCCGAGCAAAUGUUCGAGAUCUCUUUGGACGAUAGACGCAUGAAGCUAAUAUAGCUAAGAGAUCUAUCUAGCAAACAUCUCUCCCUUGCAUCGACACAUCAGCU